AUGCUCGUUUACAACUGGAAGCCCGGCGAGAACUCCCGCCUUGAUAACAACGACCACUCCAUCCAAGUUAUAUUCACUGCGGAAACCAUCCUCGUCAUCCUCGCGAGCUCCAUCAACUUCUACACUAUCCCUCCCGUCCUCACCGGGAAAGCACACACCUCCCUUGCUACUUCUUCGGAUGGGUCGACGGCGCCAACGCCACACUGA